AGCGAACCCGGCACCAGCUGAAGCAGCGCCACCGCAACUGCCAGCGCCAGGACAAGCCCUGGGCACCGGGACAGAAGGCGAAGCCUGGCAGCCGGGUUCCUCUCUCUGCACGGUCCUUGCAGUGGAGCCGGUAGCUCCGGGUUCCCUCCGACCCCCUUCGCUGCCACUUGGCGGGGUGUGCCAGGACUUGGGUCGCGGCUGGGGAAGAGCCCGGGCUGGAGGAAGCGGCGGCCCGCCGAGCGAGGGUGUGCAACCAGGACUGGAUAGCAAGCCGAAGGCACUGCGCUGGGAGGCGGCGGCCGGAGCCGCGGGUGCCUCGCCGCUUCGCCGCUUCGCAGGCGGCACCGCCUCCCGGGCCGGGGCUGCUUGGCCGGGUUCUCUGCGUGUUCCCCGGGCCCGGAGCCCGCGCACUAUGUGCCCCGCAGCGUUCUGAUAGCCGCCCGCCACCGCCUCCGCCGCGAUGAUCCCCCCGGAACCUCCGCAGCCCCAGCUGCAGCCGCCACCGCCGCCGGCCCCGCCGAACCAUGUGGUGACCACCAUCGAGAACCUGCCAGCUGAAGGCAGCGGCGGCGGGAGCCUGUCCGCCUCCUCCCGGGCUGGCAUGCGCCAGAGGAUCCGCAAAGUGCUGAACAGGGAGAUGUUAAUCUCUGUGGCUUUAGGCCAAGUGUUAUCCCUUCUGGUCUGUGGAAUCGGCUUGACCAGCAAGUACCUGGCAGAAGAUUUUCAUGCCAACACACCAGUCUUCCAGAGCUUUCUGAACUAUAUCCUCCUCUUCUUGGUCUAUACCACCACCCUAGCUGUCAGACAAGGAGAAGAAAACCUCUUGGCGAUUUUACGCCGAAGAUGGUGGAAGUACAUGAUCCUGGGACUCAUAGACUUGGAAGCGAAUUACCUGGUGGUCAAGGCUUACCAGUACACGACUCUGACCAGUGUCCAGCUCCUGGACUGCUUUGUGAUCCCGGUGGUGAUUUUGCUCUCCUGGUUCUUCCUGCUGAUCCGGUACAAGGCUGUGCAUUUCAUCGGCAUCGUGGUCUGCAUCCUGGGCAUGGGCUGCAUGGUGGGAGCUGACGUGCUCGUGGGAAGGCACCAGGGAGCAGGGGAAAAUAAGCUGGUAGGGGACCUCCUCGUCUUGGGAGGAGCCACGCUGUAUGGCAUCUCUAACGUCUGGGAAGAAUCCAUCAUCCGAACUCUGAGCAGAGUGGAGUUCCUGGGAAUGAUUGGUCUCUUUGGUGCAUUUUUCAGUGGAAUUCAAUUAGCCAUCAUGGAACACAAGGAGCUGCUAAAGGUGCCCUGGGAUUGGCAAAUAGGACUGCUCUAUGUUGGCUUCAGUGCCUGCAUGUUUGGUCUCUACAGCUUUAUGCCAGUCGUCAUAAAGAAAACCAGUGCCACCUCUGUCAACCUUUCUCUGCUCACAGCGGAUCUUUACAGCCUGUUCUGCGGACUCUUUCUCUUCCAUUACAAGUUUUCAGGACUUUACCUCCUGUCUUACUUCACCAUCCUCAUCGGGCUGGUGCUCUACUCCUCCACCUCCACGUACAUAGCCCAGGACCCCCGAGUGUACAAGCAAUUCCGUAAUCCUUCAGGACCGGUUGUGGACUUACCCAGCACAGCUCAGGUGGAGCCUUCAGUCACCUAUACCAGCCUGGGCCAGGAGACAGAAGAAGAGCCCCACGUACGUGUGGCCUAGGGUGAAGCCCACCCUGCCCACUGAGGACAACUCAGAGGCCACGUGUUCGCUCAUCAUCUCUGUAUUGUACAUAGAGAAAGGUAUUUAGUAGGUGCAGUUUCACCGGUGGACUGCAAGGUAGCUAACCCUCCUUUUGUAAAAGGAAGCAAGCUGAAGACCACUGGAAACACAGGCUUCAAUCCACCUGACUCAGAGAGAGGCUUUGAUAGUAUGUACCCUGACCCCACCCCCACCCCUGCAUUAAUUACUGUGAAAUUUUUUGAAUCAAAAGCAAGUAUGAUUGUUACUAUGAUUUUUAUUAGUGUUGUUACUGUUAUUACACCAACUUUGAGAAGGAGGUUUUGUAUUCCUGAUGGGAAUUAUUGCCAGACCCUCGCGUAGUCAACUUACAUCCCACUUUUCUAUGGCAAGUCACUUUUUUGAGAAUCAUACUUCUUGUUUUGUUGUGCACAGACUACAUGAGUGAUGCAUGCCACAGAAGCUCUACCCCUCAGAAGUCCCCUCAUCCUGGUGACCUUGUGGCUAAUGGUUUCCUCUGUCACCUGUUGGAUUGCCUGCUCAAUGAGGAUUUUUUGUGCUAUGACCCUUAUGGGGAGGGGAAACUGACCAUAUAAUUCUCUAUUCUAGGAAUAGAUAUAAAACAAACAUUUUAGCCUUUUUAUAUUUCAUUUUCUGCUUACUCCAGGCCACUGGCUUUCUUUUGGGCCAGGAGAUUCGUCUAAUUAAGCCCUGUGACUACAGGAUAAGGAUUCUCCCAUUUUUGUGGCUUACAGGAAACACUCUAAAGAAAAUCACUUAUGUUUAGGGUUGUGUUUUUUAAACUUUUUCUGCCUUUCCCUAUAUCUCUCUCCUAAAAAAUUAGUUUCUGUUUUAAUUUUUUAAUAAUGUCAUGGAAAUUAAUCAAAGUACUGGAAAAGCCAUGGCCUCUGCCCUCUUAGUUAUAAAGUACCUUUCUCAGAGGAUGCCAACAUGGACACUCUCUUUAUUAUGGGGCACCAUUGUUUAUACCACCUCUUGGAGCAAGGUACUGAUGUGGAACAAUCUCAGUUAGUAGCUCAUGUUCUGGUCACUUAGUAGUGGGAAGGAUGUCACCACUGAAAAGUCUGGCAUUUUGGUCACAGUUGAUACCCAUCUAAUAGUAGAAUAUAAGGAUAAACAUUCAUACAGAUAGAAGAUGCUACAUUAUCCCAACAAAGCUUGAUACAUCAUUAGUUUAAUCAGUUCUAUUAUCUCAAGAAUGUCUCUCUUAGCCGGGCGGUGGUGGCGCACGCCUUUAAUCCCAGCACUCGGGAGGCAGAGCCAGGCGGAUCUCUGUGAGUUCGAGGCCAGCCUGGUCUCCAAAGCAAGUUCCAGGAAAGGCGAAAAGCUACACAGAGAAACCCUGUCUCGAAAACCC